AUGGUCAAUGCCUGGGGAGUUGUUACGCUUGGCCUUGCUGCCAAUGCUGUAGCUUCACCAGUUGUUUUAGAUGCGGUGUCAAUAUUCGAUUCCCGAUCCGGGUUUCCUGGUCGUGCUGGUCAAGGCGACGGUCCUGGCCAAGGCAACGGGGCGCCUUCGCAAUCAUGCAACAAGUUCAACUUUAUUUUCACCGGCUUGCCCUGGAAUCACCCCGCAGUCAAAGCAAGCGGUUUCACGCCUCAACAGGUUGAGGCUGGCAUCCGGUCAGAUAUGAAGGCUAUUGUCGAGGCUGGCUACAAUAUAAAAGCCGUACUCGUUGGGCCUGAGGAUGGUUUGGACGACAUCGCUUCCGAGUUGAAGGGCGUGGACUGGAUAGGGACUGGUGUUGGAUUCGGCAUUCGAGGAAAUCCCUCGCCGGUCAUCACGCGCCGGUUGAUGGGCAAGUGA